AUGAAGUUCUUAGCCGCAGCCUUAGCGCUGCUCCUUGUGGGAGUUGCAAGUGCCAUACCUAGCAUACAAUUGAAAUACCCAGAAUUUGUGAAGGAUAAAACACUCUUAUAUGAUGUUUGGAUCAAUAUCACGAGCGGAAUCCCUGGAAUGCACCCCCAGGUUUCAAAAUCGGCUAUGAAAAUGGAACUUAAGAUAUACGGUCACACUACGAAGGAAGCUUUCAUUGCGUUUGACCAGGUCGAGGUCAGUAAUUCAGUUGCUAGUGUUGGAAGUUCAGUUGAUCCCGUGGAAAUGAAGACCAAUUCAGAGCUGCAAGAAAAACUGAGAAUACCAAUCAAAGUCACUUUUGAAAAUGGAAAGGUAACAAGUUACACACUUGACGGCGAAGAAAGCAUUGAGUCUAAGAAAAUAAAGAGAACCAUUCUGCGCCAUUUGGAAGUACGAUUGGAUAAGAAAGCCUUGCAGUCUACUGGUCAGCUGAGCUUGCCACUAACGUACAACCACACCGUGCCCACAUCAGUUGGAAACUAUAGCUCUCACUACAUCAUAACUUCGAGCCCUAACCCAGACUUCCCCAAAGAGAAAAACGUGAUAAACAUCACUCGAACCGACAACUACGAAGUUAUCCCCUACUUGGCGUACCACGUCCAUCACAAUUUCGAACAACAGGGAUGUCCAGGUGUCUGCAAGAAAGACCACGUCGAAAAUCAAUUUUCCGCAGGUUGUCCUGCUGAAUUUGAACCAUAUCAUACGCCGAUGAAAAAAUCAUUCGUUCAACAUCAUAGUUUGAUAAAAUACAAGGAUUCAGUCAUCACUAGCAUAGUCCAAACCACAGAAACUCAUGUUGCUGACAUCUACGAUCAAAAUAUGGAAGUGGCAAUUAACUCUCUGAUUCGAUACAAGGAUGUAAGUGAAACACCUAUAACUGAGCCUACGGAUCAACCAACACAACCAGACCUCGAAGACUGGAGUAAAGAAACAAAUGAGAAAGAAUUGGAUGAUCAUUGCAAAAUCCUCAGAACAAAAGAUGCCAUUCCUACUGUGAAAGAAAUGUUGAACCAUAUUACGCAGAUCGUUCUCAAGAGCAGCAUCGAUGGUGACAGCAAGGAUAUCGGGGAGAAACUCGUCUUCCUCCAGAAAGCAUUGUCUCUUAUGAGGCGCAAGGACCUCGAGGUGAUUCAGAAAGACAUUGUUCCCUAUGAAAGCAUAAAACAUGCCACAGAAGAAGAGAAAAUCAAGAGGCAAAUCUGGUUGGACACCUUGCCGUUAAUUGGAAGUUCAGAAUCCAUUACUUACAUCGUCGAUUUGAUUAAAAACAACAUUAACAAGAAACAUCAUGCAUUCAUAUCUUUGUGGGAAUGCAAAAGCAUACUGGAAGAUCUCCCAAUGAAUAUUUACAAGCCAGACGACAAAACUAUCCAAAGUCUGAGCGAACUUCUCGAAGCUCUAACAGAUCGCACAAAACCAGGUUUUGGAAUGUAUUAUUCUGCAGCCCAUAUGGCAGUGGCUAGGGUCAUCCGCAACAUAUGUGCCGUGAGCAACGGAAUUGAAGUAGAAGUAGACAACAAGCCAAAUUACUUGCAGAUGUUACUGAAGGAAACUGAUGACGAUUACAAAAACAUUGGAUGUCCGAAAACUGAUGUCAAGAGAUUUAUUAUGGAUGUAACACAAAAGCUGAAAGGAAACACAGACCGACUAAAGAGAAUAAUCUAUAUUGAUUCUUUGACUCAAACUGGUUUGAAAUCUGUAAUUCCAAUCGUGAAGCCUUACGUGCAAGGAUACAGUAUUUCUGGAGAAACGCCCAGUUAUGUGGACUUUGUUAGAUCAGCCGGAAUUAAUGCUCUUCACAAUCUUGUGGAUAAACACUCCAAGGAAAUAAAAGACAUCGUCCUCCCGAUAUAUACCAACAAAAAUGAGCCACCAAAAAUCAGGACUGCUGCCUUUGGUGUCUUUGCAAGAUCAUACCCUACGCUUGGCGAUCUGCAGCACGUAGCCGAAGAGACUUGGCACGAACCAAGCAUUGAAGUCGGAAGCUACGUCACAUCUACAUUGGAAACCCUUGGAAAUUCUAGCAUUCCAUGCGAUCAACUGACCGCACGUCGUAUUAAGAAAGUUUUGCCCCGAAUCAAACGAUUCGCUGUUGGAAAGCACCAUGCCCAGAAUGUUUUGACAACUAUUUUUGAUGAUAUUCGAGGAUUUGGAAUAGAACACGUCCUUCAAUUUACACCAAGUAACGAAUCCUUCAUUCCAAGCACUAUCUACGCUGCUUUAGGAUACAACGCAGACAGUUUGAGAGAUUUCUACUACAAAUAUGCAAUCAAUUCCCAAGGUUUCAACUCAUUCAACAUUUGGGAUAAGGUUUUCGAAGUCUUCAGUCUGCACCCUGCUGAGAGCAUUCCAAAGCAAAAGGAGUCCGAUAUUUUCCCUCAGGUCAAAAUGGUCGAUAGAGCUACCGAGUUCUGGAGAUUCACCAUCUUCCAAAAACUAUUCUACUCUAUGUCCUAUUAUUACAUGGAUGAUCUGGAAUAUCUGAGAGGAGACUUGUUAGACCUAUUGAAAGAACAUAUAAAGCAAUUCCUCACGUGGGAAAGAGGUACCAUCCAUGGCCAUAUAGUGAAAGUGUGGAUGCCUUCUACAUUCCAGUCAAGGGCCUUCGUUCAAACUUUACCGUACCCCGUCCAGUUUGAAAUGAAGAACCCAAUGCUUCUUUCAUUGAAGCUUGAUAUAAAACGAAAAAACGACGGAUUUUCAGCUGAUAUUCAUCCAAGCCUCUAUCACUCCAUGUUGUACUCCAACGGAAUGCUCAACCUUGGAGACUGCAAGCAUGUCGGAGUAUAUCACGAAACAAAAAUAGCAACAACUUACCCCGUCAAGAUUACCGUCGCUGUGGAGGAGGGCAAAUACCACGUGUCUUACAGCUUCCCAGAACUCCCGAAAAAGGUCUUCGUUUACCACUCUGAAGCCGGAACUUAUACCACGAAGCACAACUUGGAAGCCCAGCCCACAACAACUGAAAAGAGAGUAAUCAGGACGAUCCCAUCUUCGUUUGUGAGAAACAGUACGUUUGGCGUUGUCGGAUUUCCUCUUUUCCGUAGCGAUAUCCUAACCGAAGAUAUUUCCUUUGGUUACGAGCAAGUACCGCGAAAUAUCAAAGAAGCAUUGGACCAGACUAUUGAAGAUUUCCUGAACCCCGGAUGGAGAAGAAAAACUGUUGAAAUCUCGAGGAUACCCGAUAGCAUCUUCUGGCCUCCUAAGACGGAGGUUAAGAUGCAUAUCACCCUUCAGCACGAAUUCAUCAAGUCUACAUCAAAAAGUAAUUUUGACUUUUUCAAAAAAUUUACCAUCGAUGAAGUCAGUGAAAAAAAUAUCAUAUCAGAAGAAAAUUUACUGAAAGAAGAAAUCAAAAAAUUCGGACACGUUUAUGACAGUCUCUCCAUUUCUGUUGAACAGAAAGUUAGUGACCAAGUCACUAACACGGCUUAUUUACACGUGGCGUACAAGCGCACAUUAGAGGGAUUCAUUCACCAUGUUGGCGUGAACGCCACUGCCAAAGUUUAUGGACUGCCACUUGGAGCAACCUCAAACUUCAUUGCAAUGUACUUCGACAGACCAAAUGAACUCAAGUAUUCAGAAGACCAUUAUGGACAGCAGAAAGGAAUUAUAGUAGGUUCCAUUCGGUUACAAGACAAACCCUACGUUACUGCUAAAGUUAUCCUGAAAUACAAGUCUCUGGAAGAACACCUGAACAAGGGACUGCAAAAACCUCUUCCCUCUAAAUAUUUCUAUCCUGAAACACACGAGGAGUGUCUUGAAGAUAUGAAGAAAGGAAAGGUGCAUUCUGUUGCUUGCAUCAAAGCCAUCAAAGAACAUGCCAUCUACAACAGAAUGAAAAUUCAUUUGUUUUGGGGAGAGGAUAUACAGGACACUCCUAUAGUGAGAGAUAUUUUACACAAAGUCGAUAUUGCUAUUAAACAUGCUUUCUUCAAUCACCUCAGCGUUGAAAGGAACUAUUGCGUAAUUCCACACUACAUUAACGUUGAUGUAACAUACAUCGACAAGUUGACGGACAAGCCUGUUGUUGAUGUUGUCCUACAAAAGCCUUCAGAAACAUUGAAAUUCUACAAAGUAGAUCCAACCUUCAUUCAGCCAAUAUCCAGCAUUUACAGCGUUCCAGAAACUUAUGUUCAAUACCACACCAACAACACAUAUCCGGCUACCUGCACUUUGAUGAAGAAUUCCGUCAGAACAUACGACUUGAAGACUAUCCAUUUAGUAAGAAGAGAGACAUGCUCUUAUAUUUUGAGUACUCACUGUGUGCGACACAAGAAGUUCGCUGUGAUUGUAAAGAUAGAUCCACGCCAUCCUGAAUCAAAAGAGGUUCAUCUUCACAUCGGAAGGCAUUCAGUAGUUUUGACGCCUGGAAAAGAAUGGGAGUACGAAAUUCAAUAUGACGACAAACCCCAAACUAUCCAAUAUCUGGCAGAAGUUAUGCUACAUGAAACAGAAAAGAUUUACGCUGUGGUUAAAAAACCUAUGGAUGGACAUGCCUUUAUUGAAAUCCAUGGCGAGAAGGCUGGAAUCAAAGUAACAUAUGAUGGAGAACAUGUAAAGAUACAGGUGCAUCCAAGAUAUAAGGGCGAGUUGUGUGGUUUGUGCAGUGAAUUUGAUGGCGAAAUCGUUAGAGAAUUGAGAGGCCCAGACAGGUGUCUGUAUUCUAGCAUUUAUGACUAUGGAAAUUCUUGCGCCUUGGGAAAUUGCUACAAAUCCAAGCCAGAACACCCACACAUUUGUGACACGCCCAUCUAUCGCCGUAUGCCUUCGGAAGACAUAGAUGAAAUUAGCAGACAAGAAUAUGAACCAAAAGUGAAGAGAAACAAAGUCCUUCCAAAAGAUGACAAACUUUGCUUCAGUACCAGACCUCUCCCUGCCUGUGAAUCACAAGAUGUGAUAAAAGUGAAAGAAAGCAAAGAAGUUGAAUUCCACUGCUUACCCAAAUCCGACCGUCUUGCAAGGAAAUUAGUUUCAGAAUCAAAAAGAAGGAUUUUAGGUGAACUGGAAACUAAGGAAGUGGACAUCACAGUAGAAGUUGAUUAUCCAAAACUAUGUGCUAUCCAAUAA